CGGGUUCCACGCGCAUGCGCAUUGGCUCGACAAGCAGUUUGAAAGAAAGUGGCCGCGAGGUAGGACGCUCGUUCCGUUUUCUUCCGCGUAAAAUUUCAAUUAUCUGUGAGAAAUGGAGCCUCUGUUUCGGUUAAACGUUGAGAAUAUCGAUAUCCUGCUAGUGAACAUGAAGGAGAGACUAAUGCUGCACGAUAAACAUUCUCAGAUUACGUGCAUCGAACGAAUAACGAACUUAUUCAAAAGUGGUGGCGCUGCGAGCAGGGAGGCGGUACUUUCAAAAUUGAUCAAGUUCGAUAUACUCUCAACUAUAUUCGAACUCCUACAAACUCCCACUGAUCGUCUGCUUCCAUGUAUCCUCGAUUUUCUGGAUUUGAUAAUCGUAUAUCGAAAAUUUUACGAUAAUCACGUAGCCACGGACGCCAUGGACGCAAUUUUGAAAGUUACAGUUUGCAUCGUGAAAUCUCGUUGCAAAGAAACCCAAGUGCUAGAAAGAUUCAUUUCAAUUAUCCACAAUAUACUUCAAAGAGCGGUAGAAUUUCACGUGGAUUUCGAUGUAGUUUGUGUACCACGACAAGUAUUGAUCCUCUUAAAAUCUUUGAUCUUGGAAGAUCCUUGGAAUCAAAAGAUAAAAUUCUCUUCCAUCAUGCUAUUGAUACUUGUUCUUGAAAAUGUCGACGCUGAGGAUGAAUGGGACGAUGACGUGUACGAACUGUCCCAUAAAGCUCUCGAUUUAAUGAAAGAGAUUGUCGAGUACAGCGACGACGACAGUUCGGUUUCGGACGCUGCGGAUGCAUUGUGCGCCGUUUGCGCCUCUGCCACACGAUUAUGUACCGCGGAAGAUGACGGUCGAGAAUUAGCCGACAAAAUGUCGAAAUUCAAAGUAACGAUGACAAAGACAAUUCGCAUUGUAACGAUGAACACGUUGGUACCGUACGUUAAAACCAUGGAGUCAAAUGAAUCGGACAGGGUCAAAUUCCACAGGAACCUCGUGACUUGUCUGAACAACCUUUACAAGUUGAGCAGUAGUUGCGGUCGCGACAACUUGUCAAACCACUUGACCGCCAACGGAUAUCUCAAGUACUUCUUGCUGUUAACCACUAGGCUUCCAGAAAUCUUAAGACGGAGCACUUGCGUGCUACUAUCACGAAUCGUAACAACUUUGGCUGAAAAAUCGAUGCCAAUCUGUCGAUCUACCAAUCAAGAAAUAAGCUUUGAAAAUUUAAUACACCGAGGACUGUUGGAUCUUCCGAAAGAUAGUGAACAAUGGGAAAAUGUUAUAGUCCAUGAUGGAGAAAACAGAGCAGUUGCAUUAAUGACGUUGAUUUACUAUCACUUCCACGGGACCAAAGAGGCCGACAUGAUAUCUUUGAAAUCGCUGAUCGCGAGGACUGUCAAUCUCCCUAAAUCCGAGCGGACGCCGGCGCAAAUUUUAAAAGUUUUAUGGUUUCUGUUUGCCGUCGCGUCCGUAUCGCAUCCAUCACCGCGGUCGGUACAGGAUUACGACAGAGCCGUGAAACGAUUGGCAGCUGCGUUGCAAUAUUCCAACCUGAACGACUGUUACACUCAUCACAUAGACCUGCUGCAUUAUUGCUUGAAUUGCCGUGAAUUCCCAAAGGAUCUUCGAAACAGAGCGAUGGAGCUAUGGUUGAUUGAGUCUGACGGAGACAUCAAGCCUUUAUUGGCUAUAGAUUGCGGGAAAGUUGUGCAACAUUUUCUAUUGCUUGUCAUACAAACUGGAUAUUCCGAUAAAAUAAUCAGCCUGGCGAUGAAAGGAAUUAGAGAGAUGAUACGGCUGGACAAUGCCAGGGAAAUUGCAGAGAUUGCUUGGCACAUGUUGCCUAAACUUCUUUCAACUUAUCAACCAUUGAAAGACGAGCAAGUGAAAGCGGUGUUGGAAUUAACCAACGUGUCCAUUCCGGACUCGUUGUCGUGCAGCAUCAGGAUUCGGUGCGCGGACAAUCUCGUAGCGAUCGUUCUACGCCGGGAGGCGGACUUGAAGCUGAGGACACUGGCAAUAAUGCAAUCGUACGCGUUGCUGGUCACGUCCGCGACGAUCAAGCCAUUCGCAAUUCUCGAGAGGUAUUGCACGACGCCGUGCUUUUUGGAGGAGUUGCUCGUUCAGGGUUUCUCCCUGGAAACGCCGGAACUGUCCGCCGUCUGUUUGAAGCUUCUCGCGUUUAUCGUGCACAGCCAGGGACAAUCGUCGAUUCAGCGUGAUAAGCCGGUGACGAUUGACGUGCAGAGCUUAGCCGAUUUGCUGUUAAAUACGAGGAGGUCCGUUCACUCGUCGAUCAAUGGAAUGCAACUCGCGCUGGAACUUUUAACUCAAAAUAUUGACGGAUCACCUGUCAGGCUAGACGAGAUCCCGGCCGAUCGGGCCGAGGGUGUGAUCAAUCUCUACGAGACCCUUCAUAUCGUUCACGAAAGAAGUGACCCGACGCAAAGAGACGUCGUGUACCAGUGCCUGCAGGCCAUCCUCAAAUUUUGCCACAGACGCGUGGAGCCGUUGAUGUACCACAUUUGCACGCUGAUGAGCAACUACGAUAUCGUAUCUAACAUCCUACAAACGCGCCGGGUAACCUGCCACUUUCUGGAUUUCGUUUCAACUUGGCUCCGCUAUCGCGAAAGAUACCGCGCCGACGAAGGACCGUGGAACGCGCGAUCUCUUUGCAAAACACCGUUCGAGGAGGCUCUCGAUCAGAUCAACAACUACGUCAACGCGGUGAAAGACUCGAGAAGCGACGCGGCGUUCUACAAUCUUCUCUACGCGUUAUCACGGUACGACAAUUAGGUAGGAGGAUCUUGCUACGUGAGUGUAACGUGAACAACGGGGAGGCUUUGCUUUAACAGUUUAUUCGAUCCGUGCAACGUUGCUCGAUAACAUUGUAACAUGUUUAAAUUACGUGCGUAC